AUGAAAAAUAUCUCAAAGAUCAAUUUUGGACAUGAAGCUUGGGUUCUAGCACUUUUCAGUAUUGUAGCUGGUGCUUAUUCUUCGCAUAUCAAUGCACCAGCAACCACAUCAUGGGUAACUGUUGAAACAUUCAAUGAACCAAAAUGUACAUUGGAUAGUUCAAGUAUCGGUGGUAUCUCUAUGGAAUCGGGUGGGUGUGUUAGAGGACAACAAGUAUCUUGUGGUGCCAACAAUGUCGUCACUGUCCAACAAUUCAAAGAUCAAGCAUGUCAAACUACCGUAACCAACACCACCGAGUAUACAUCGGGUGUCUGUAACACCGUCUCGUCCAUCACUGGCUUCUACAAGACCUACACAUGUUCAUCGACCGUGCCAACCUACCCCAUCCGUUCAUUGUCCAUCUCAACCUUCAGCAGUUGUAGUUCCAACAAACAAAUCCAAUUAUUCCGUUGGAUUCCAUCUUACAAGUGUAUGUCUAUCUGGAGAGGUACCAUGCCAUCUACUUCUGCCUCUGCUACUGCUUCCUCUGGUUCUUCUGGAUCUGGUUCCUCUGGAUCAGGUUCAGGUUCCGGUUCAACUGGUAACUCUGGAUCAGUAUUACGUGCUCACAACUUUAACAGCAAGAUUUCAACCGUUGAUAUCCUAGAUAGAUACUUUGAAUUCCUCGAUGAAAUCAAUUUUGAUCAAGCCGACAACCAAGCCAACUUUGAAGAUUUUGAAGCUAAAGCAACAUCUAACCGUAUUGGAUCAGGUGCUGGUGGUAUCCAAACUGGAUCUGGAUUUGGUACUGGUACUGGUUCAUCUGGUGGUAGUACUGUCACUUCUAAUGCCUUUGGUAUCGUCGUCUGUAAUGCAACCUAUAAUAGCUGGUCGACCUUUGCUAAUGGAAUGGUCAAUAGCGGUACUGGUGGUAGUGUCUUGUCAACUGGCAAGUAUUCCUCUGGUGACCCAUUCGGUUCCAAUAUGGAUAUUCCAACCACUGGUAUGACCGGGUCUGGUGGUACUGCUACCUCUGGUUCCUCUGCCACCGGUGGUUCUGGUUCAUCCAACUUAAAUGGUUGUUCCAUCAUGCCCAAUGGUUCUGGUCAAGGUAAGAAUGUUCAACAAUGCUAUCAAAAUCAAAUGAUUGCUAUUACCUGCACUCCACCAUACAGUCAUGCCUAA